AUGGUGGCAGCAGUGGUGGUCAUGGAUGAGGCUGGUGGCUCUGAGGAAGAUUGCCAGCCCGUGAGUAUGAAGGAAGAGUUUUUGCAACCAGAAGUACUUCAAGCACUCAAUGAUGGAGGUUGCCAUUAUGGCAUGGCAGCUACAUGUCUGGGCAAGGAGAUGUCAGAGGUCAAGGAUGUGAGUUUCUGGGCUGAGCAGAUGAAUGACCCCGUCAACACAAAGCCAGAGGCAGGGUGUUGGUGGUUACUGUGUGAGGACAGCCUUACCCUACAGGGGACGAUCUGUACAGUGAUGACCUUUGGCUCCUCCAAGGGCCUGGAGCCCAGCAAGCAGGUGUCACAUGCCACACCCCCUCAGCCACUUGAUCAGCAUGGAGACUCCUGUGUCUUAAUCUGUGCGCAUGGUCAGGCAAGUGGGCAGGUUUUGAUUGUGCUAACUGAAAAUAUUGGCGAAAGCCAUGAUUCUCGUGGUUUUCCAUUGGACUGGAAGAUCUGUGCAACUGUUGUUGCAUGUUUUCUAAUUUUCAUGCUUUUGAGGAGAAUUUUUCAAUGUGUUAAGAGACAUAUUUUUACAGCGAAUAAGAAAAAGCCCGCUGUAGAGCUUUCUGGACCAAUAAAAGAAAAAUGUGAACUACUUGACAAACAUAGCUUUGCGGAUAAAGAGGUAAGACAGUUUUCAAAAUAAAAAAGAGCCAAGAAACUGUAAUUACUAUGUACAUAGUUUUGUGUAAAUAGUUUAUUUGGAGUGUAAUACAGCAUUAUGCUGUUCUUCACUUCAACAUUUAACAGUUCUUACUAAUUUUAGUCAUUGUGUUAGGAGUGAUGUUGUCUCAUUCUGGUUUUACCCUGUGUUGUCCUAAUGAGUUUCUUUAUAUAUCUUUGAACCACUUGAAUAUUCUUUUUAUGGACUUGCUUUUUCACAUUUUAAAAAGCAUAUUCAUAUUUUCCUUUUAAUAAUUUUCCUACAUUUUAUAAGGGAUUCCUUUUUUCAUUAUGUUUAUUUCAAGUAUAUUUUUCUAAUCUGGCUAUUGCAAACAGGUGUUUUCACAAGUUCUCU